AUGUAUUCUCUGCUCAUUGCCCUCCUCUGCGCCGGCACUGCCGUCGACGCCCAGGCUCUCCAGCAGCGACAGGCCGGGACAACUCUCACCGUCGACCUGUCCACGACGUACCAGAGGAUCGACGGGUUCGGUACCUCGGAGGCCUUCCAGCGCGCGGUGCAGAUGAGCAGGCUGCCCGAGGAAGGACAGCGGCGCGCUCUCGACGUCCUGUUUAGUACCACCAACGGCGCCGGGCUCUCCAUCCUUCGCAACGGCAUCGGGUCCUCACCCGACAUGAGCUCCGACCACAUGGUCUCGAUCGCGCCCAAGAGCCCCGGCUCGCCCAACAACCCGCUGAUCUACUCCUGGGACGGCUCCGACAACAAGCAGCUGUGGGUGUCGCAAGAAGCCGUUCACACGUACGGCGUCAAGACCAUCUACGCCGACGCCUGGAGCGCCCCGGGAUACAUGAAGACCAACGGCAACGACGCCAACGGCGGCACCCUGUGCGGCCUCAGCGGUGCCCAGUGCGCGAGCGGCGACUGGAGGCAGGCAUAUGCCGACUACCUCACCAAAUACGUCGAGUUUUAUCAGGAGUCCAACGUGACGGUUACCCACCUCGGCUUCAUCAACGAGCCAGAACUGACAACGAGCUACGCCUCGAUGCGCUUCUCCGCCUCCCAGGCAGCCGAGUUCAUCCGCAUCCUGUACCCGACCAUCCAGAAGUCCAACCUUACCUAUAAGCCGACCAUCGCCUGCUGCGACGCUGAGGGCUGGAACUCGCAGGCUGGCAUGCUGGGUGCCCUGAGCUCCGUCAACUCCAUGUUUGGCCUCGUCACGGCGCACGCCUACACCUCGCAGCCGGGCUUCUCCAUGAACACGCCACACCCGGUCUGGAUGACCGAGGCCGCCGAUCUGCAGGGAGCGUGGACCUCGGCGUGGUACUCGUACGGCGGCGCGGGCGAGGGCUGGACGUGGGCCAACAACGUGUACAACGCCAUCGUCAACGGCAAUGCGUCGGCCUACCUGUACUGGAUCGGCGCGCAGACGGGCAACACCAACAGCCACAUGGUCCACAUCGACGCCAACGCCGGCACCGUCGAGCCCAGCAAGCGGCUGUGGGCGCUGGGCCAGUGGAGCCGCUUCGUGCGCCCCGGCGCCCGCCGUGUCGCCGUCUCGGGCGCCUCCGGCAGCCUGCGCACCGCCGCCUUCCGCAACGAGGACGGUUCCGUCGCCGUCGUCGUCAUCAACAGCGGCGGCGACGCCGCCGUCAACGUCAGGCUCGCCUCGUCCUCGUCGGCCGAUCAGCAACCCGCCUCGGCCAAGGCCUGGGCCACCGACAACUCGAGGGCCAUCGAAGAGAUCCAGGCCAGCUUCGCCGACGGCGUCGCCACCGUCAACGUUCCCUCGAGGUCCAUGACCACGGUGGUGCUGUAUCCGGCGGCCGACGCGUGA